AGGAGGUGGAGUUAAGGUGAUCCAGACGCAGUCUGAAAGUGAAGCUGGAUGUGUGACUGGACAUAUCGCUGGACAACAUGGACAGCAUCCGGACAGUAGUCGUGUUUUUAGCCGUCUCUCUUUCAGCACCGGCUUCAUCAGAUACCACGCGGUUUCUGAUCUCAGGGCCGGAGGUGGUCCGUGCUGGUGCGGAAAUUCCACUGGCCAUCACUGUUUUUUCUGACUUUUCUGGCUGGGUGACGGCCGAAGUGGCACAUGGGAACACCAAGUCAUCCCAAACGGCCGACUUCCAAGGAGGUUUGACCAGUUUGCUUACACUACCUCCUAUUCCUGGCUCGAUAUCCCCAAAUUCUCUCUUAAACUUGACGGUGAGGGGCUAUAAGGAAGACAGUCUCAUUUUUACCAACACCACCACCCUCUCCUUCAGCCUCAGGAACGUUUCCUCGUUCAUUCUUACCGACAAAUUGCACUAUAAACCGGGAGACACCGUCAAAAUCCGAGUGGUUUGCGUGCAGCUGGAUAACCAUCCAUUCAAAGGAAAAGUGGACAUUUCUCUACGGGAUCCCAGUGGGAACGUUGUUGACAGGUGGAAGUCCACAGGGAAUCUGGGGAUUAUCUUGGAAGAAUUCACUUUAUCACAGAUUUCUCCUCUUGGGCAGUGGGAGAUCACAACUUCUGUGAAUGGUGUGUCUGAUGAAAAAGCAUUCAUUGUGGAGAAAAAUGAUCAUCCUCAAUUUGAAGUACUGGUAAAAACAUCUUCACAUGUGCUCAUUGAAGAUAACAUCUCGGGAUCAGUGAGAGCUCUUUCCCUCAGUGGACAACCUGUGCAUGGAAAAUUAGAUGUCAAUGUUACUUUGAAGGCUGAUGCCAACAGCGGAGGCCCUUUGUUCAUGCUAAAGCAAACUAAAGAGAUCUAUGGGUCCACUCAGUUUGUCUUCAGCAAAGAUAAGCUUCAGCAUUUAUUUUCUUCAUCAGCUAUUCACAGCACUGGUCAUGUUGUCCAGAUUUCUGCCUGUGUCACUGACACCUCCACAGGAUUUAAAGUCAACAAAACUGCUGACGUCCACGUCAUGCAGAACACACAUCAGCUUAUUUUCCUCGAUUACCCACUGUCACUAAAGCCAUCUUUACACUUCCAUGCAAAACUUAAGAUCACAAGAUACGACAGAAAGCCACUCAGCUCGUCGGACCUAAUGCAUUCUGUAGUUGUUGAAGUCACUCAGAGUGCCUCUUCAAAUGAUACAGAUCCUACAAUUCUUACUCUUCCUGUGCCUGAGGAUGGGACCGUCCACAUUAAGUUUCAGUUACAGGAUCAAGUACUGAUGCUUUUUGUUCGAGUCAGAUUCCAGUCAAGUGAGGAGACACUGAAGGUCUUCAACAACUACUCAUCUCCUAGUGGUUCCUAUAUUCAACUUUCCCCAGUCAACGAAUCACCAGCUCAGAUUGGUUUGCCCCUCCAACUCCAUGUGGAAAGCACCUUUAAACCAAUGAUGCUUCACUUUGUGGUAAGCUCUAAAGGUCAAAUCGUUGCUGCUGGAACGAGAAACUCCACCUCUUUCUCUCUGACCCCAACGUUGUCCUGGUCCCCAGAGGCCUGUGUGACUGUUUAUUGCAUCCUUUCUAAUGGGGAGGUUACCAGUGACACGGCAGUGAUGCCUAUCCAUCAGCCAAACCACGACUGUAAACUUAAAAUACUGACCAAUGCAGGGUUGAAUGAGAAAAAUCAGAAAGAUGGAUCUAAAAAUGGUGAAAAUCCUCCAGAUGAUCUCGGACAUUAUCUGGUUGUGCAGAAGCACUGGAGCCACUGGAUGGAAACUGGUGUACCCCUUCUGUGGUUGGACAGCACAGUGAGCAAUAUGAUGUGGACCAGUGGAAAAAUAACAGUGCCUGAUGGUGUUAUGUCUUUGGAAGCUAUGGCACUGGUCAUGUCUGAGAACCAGGGAUUGAGCUUCACUGCAGUGCCAGAAAAGUUGGCUGUAUCCAAAGAUUUUUCAUUGUCUCUUGAUCUCCCUCCAUAUCUCGUCAGAGGGGAGGAAAUUGUGCUGGAAGUAAACAUCCAUAACUAUUUAGAGCAGGACAUAGAGGUCAUUGUGUUGAUAGCACAGAGUGAAGCUUUCGAGUUUGUAUUGAUGGGCAAAAGGGAUACAUCGGUCAUAAAUGCCCAGAAACUCACCAUAAGGAGUCACAUGUCUGCCGCGGCCCUGUUCCCAAUAAGGUGUUUGGCUGUGGGUGAAAUGGAAAUAUCGGUGGAUGCCGCAUCUGCUGAAGCUUCGGAUGGCCUUGUUCAGAGAGUCAUGGUGAAGCCUGAAGGAGUUGAACAGUCUGUCUCUCAGACUGAGUUCCUGGAGUUGGCACCAGGGAAGCUCAGCAAUUCCAUGUUGGCGUCCUUCUCCUUUCCACCACAUGUGGUACCGGGCAGCCAGAGAGCACAUGUGGCACUGGGUGGCGAUAUUUUGGCUCCGUCCAUCAACAACCUGGAUUCACUGGUCCUAACGCCAACCGGGUGUGGGGAGCAGAACAUGGUGCACUUUGCUCCAAGCGUUUACGUUCUCCAGUAUCUGGACAAGUCAACCCAGGAUGACAAAGAUAUCAGGAGCAAAGCUUUGGAAUACUUGGAGAAAGGAUAUCAAAAUCAAUUGUCCUACCAGCGAGAGGAUGGCUCCUUCAGUGCUUUUGGAUCAAACGACACCUCUGGGAGCACAUGGCUGACGGCCUUCGUGCUGCGAUGCUUCACUCAGGCUCAGCCCUACGUGCAGGUGAACCAGACUGUCCUAACCAGAGCCAUGAGUUGGCUCCUGAAACGCCAGGCCCCCCAGGGCGAGUUCGUUGAGGAGGGCAGCCCGAUCCACACCGAGAUGCAGGCAGCUCUGGAUGAAGGCUCAGUGGCUCUCACCGCUUACGUGUUACUGGCUUUUCUGGAGGAUGAAACCUACGCAACAGUGUAUGAAGACAAUGUGUCUCUGGCCCUGAGGUACCUUGAGAGCAAAGUGUCCAGUGGUAAAGUCAGUAACUACAGCCUUUGCUUGGCGGCGUAUGCUUUGGCUCUGGGAAACCGUCCUUCGGCUGGAGAAGUGCUCGCUGAGCUCAGCAGGAGAGCUGACAACAGAGACGGGGUCAUGAUGUGGACGUCCUCCGAUGGUGUGAGAUCACACGAUGGGCAGCCUCGUUCAGCACAGAUAGAAAUGGCCUCUUAUGUGCUGCUGGCUCUGUUUAAGCGAGGCAGCUUCAUUGAAGGCAUCUCUCUUAUGAAGUGGUUAAGUACUCAGAGGAACCAUCUUGGGGGCUUUGGGACAACUCAGGACACAGUAGUUGCUCUCCAAGCUCUGGCCUACUAUGCUGCUUUCAGCGGAGCUAAUGCCAUUGAGCUCAAGUUUAAGAUAUCUGCUCCCUCGUCCUCUUUUGUAUCCCUCUUUCAAAUCAACUCCACCAACUACCGGAUGUAUCAAAGUCAAAAGAUUAAUGCUGAUGAAGACUUACCACUAAAUAUAUAUAUGGAAGGAAGAGGAUUUGCCAUAUUCCAGCUGAACGUGUUUUAUAAUGUGGAGAGCAAAGCAUUCUCACAGAACCUCGGGCACGCCUCAUACGAGGAAGCGUUCUUCUUAAAUGUUCAUCUUUCUGAGAACCGCGACAACAUACACAUGAUGCUGUCUGUGUGUACGAGUAUUAAGGAAAAUCAGGCAAUCGAUCAGACAGGUAUGGUGGUCCUGGAUGUGGGAAUGCUGAGUGGUUUCUCUCUCCUGCCUGGAGCUGCUGUCCAGUCUGAUGUCAUUAAGAAGGUGGAGAGUACACCUGAGAAAGUCAUCUUUUACCUGGAUUCUCUCACUAAGACAGAGUUUUGCAUCCAGCUCGCUUUUGUCAGACGACACAAAGUGACCCGUAUGAAGGAAGCCAUGGUGCAGGUUUAUGACUACUACGAACCAACGAGGAAGGCAACCAGCUCAUACAACUCAGAGACUUUUCGGAACACGGACUCCUGCUUCUUCUGUGGUGCAAACUGUGAUCUCUGUAGGCCGGGAAUCACAAUCACAGUGGCCUCACCAAUGUUAUCCAAUGCUAUUAGAGGAGCCACCUUCAGCUUAAGUUGCCUGUUUAUUGGUUUCGCUGGUGUUUUUGCUGUAAUUUGAUUGGAUGAUGUUGGUGUGGAACAAAAUGUCUCAUCGAAUGAUUGUGAUAUUAAGGAGAGUACCUGUCCGCUGAUCUUUUCCAGAGUGACUCCCAUUGUUUACUGUGUAUCCUCCAAACUUUGAACUGUAAGCAAAGAUUUUCUGAAAUAAUGCAUUAUGAAGCAAAUUAAUCCAUAAUUGCUUUUUAGAUAACUGUUAUUCUUUAUAUGUUAUCAUGCAUUAAAUGUAACAACAGUUUUAAUAAAGUAGGUAUACAUACUUGGCAGGAGAACAAAUGAAGGUAAUUUAUUUCUUAUCAUUUCGAUCAAGUGUAUUUGUUCUGACACUUUUGGCAGAAGACUGAGAAAUAUUGCAUUAUAUGAAGGUAUAUAAAAACUACAAAAGCAUUGGGAAUCUUCUUUCCAGCUUUUGGCAAACUAAUGAGUUGUUUCUUUUGCUGAUAUAUGAAGAGUACUUCUGGACUGGACUAAACUAGGGAACAGUAAUAUAGCAGAAAGGGUGGGAUGUGCUCUGUUUAAUGCUUUGGAGUCAGAUUAAACCUCAUCAUACAGGGGGAAUGCAUACCAUCCAGCAGAAGUAUGCAGAAGCGUCUCCAGUGAGGAACCAGGCUUGACAUCACCGAUAAGGAAUGAUGAAUUAUUAAUGGAACUGUGACUUUUUCUCCUCACUUGCUUAAAGCCAGGAAUAUUUUUAUAAAAGCUAGUUUAUCAUAUCAGACUUUUAUUCUCCUAAGCAUUAAACUUGCAGCUGAACAUGUAAACAUAAACGUCUGAGUAGACAAGCCAUGCUCUACUUUUACUUUGUAGAGUGUAGAGUUGUAAUCUUUUGGGUUUUAAUGGAAACAAAUGUCUGGCUUUGAAUUGCUUUUAGCUUAUUCCAUUGGCUCUAGGGAGGAGCAGUUUCCAUGUAGCGCUAAUGAAAAUAAAAUGUUGUUCAUUAGCAAAAGCAGAAAUGGGAGAGAGAAUUGUUGGUUUUUAUACAAAAAGUGAAUGUAGAGUUUACAUGAGGACAUUCAGCUUUU